CGACACGACCUGCCACUCGUCUAUCGAAACUGUAUCGCAAAUUUAACUACCCCUCAGUAACUGGUAAUGUCAAAACGAAAAUGCCUGAAAAACUAUUGAAACUGGCAACACAAGUUGAUAGAUUAUUGAUUUUAAAUAACAGUUACCAUAACCUUGGUUACUGCAUAUUGGAGACUUGGGAAAUGUAAACAAAACAAACAGCCUCGAGUGGAAUUAUUAUUUAUUUUAAUCGGAUAGAGGUCUUCGUUAAGGCUUGCUGGUGCUCGAACAUAUUAAAAAUUACUUCCAGACAAUUCAAUAUUCAUGGAUGUUUGUUAAAUAGUUCAACGUAACCAUACUUCGAUCUAUAAUGACUAUCUGCUAUGUAAAUGAGUUUUUAAACGGUGUUAAGUUUUGCAGUCAUUCAAUCCGUCAUUGCGAAACUUUUUAUCAGUCCUAUCAUCAGAAUUUGGUAUUGAAAGCAUAUUUGUUAUUUUCUAGUGAUUUGAGCUCUUCGCAAAGUGCGUGUAUACUUUGAUGAAUAUGAAAGGAACUUGUACAGCACGAGAAUCUAAUUUCUCAAUAUAUUAGAUCUGAUCGAAAUUAUAGGUUUUGAAGUGCACAUCGAAAGCCAACAGUGCAAACAGGUCUCCUUCAAAUAAUUUGAUUAUUUGUGUCUCAAACAGAAACCAGAUUGUAACUACGGUCUACCGUAAGGCUGCUGGAACUUGUCGAAAUAGUUGAAUGUAAAGAGUGUUGGAUAGAAUUUAACAUUUCGUGAAGACUGGUACUAACUUCCGGGUUGGUUGACAGUAUGUUAAGCAAAAGUGAUGUGUUCCGGAAACUCGACUGGUUAUUUCUAAAAAGAAAGACCAUCAUCAUGGAUGAGUUAGAUGACUACACUGAAGAUAGAGCUAAUGGGUAGUUGUGGAUGAUAUAGGAUGACGCAUCGCUGUCGCAACACUACUUCUAGUACCAGAUUUAGUUAUUGUACUAUUGUGGUCGGUGUAAAUCUAAAAAGAACGUUAAAACAAAAUUUAAAUUUAUAUAAACGUUUCACAACUUUCUCGAAUGAUUUGUUUAUUUAGAAUAGCGCUCCUUGGUAACUAGUUCAUAGCAACUUAAACAGUGUUUCUCAAGAAGUUUAUUUUCAUGAUUAUCGAGAAGUCGCUAUAUUUAUGGUAACUGGCGGUAAAUCACUCACGAACACUUUUUGUUCAGAUUUUUCUUCGGAGUGCCUGGUCGUGUCGUCGGUUAUACUAACCUCCCAUAUGGUAACUGUUACCAUAGUAUUUUUCUGAGUGUACAGUUGCACAGUUGCGGCACACAAAGGGCUCAGUUUUUCCAAGUAGUUGUUUCAUGAGGCACAGAGUAGCACACUUAGCCUAACCCAAUUUUAUACAUCUCUAAUGACAUUUGUUUAACCGUAGUUGACAAUAUACAAAGUAGUAAUAAUCACUCUCAAAUAUCUUUGAAAAACCCUUACGCAAUAGGUAAUUUAAUGUGAUUAGCUUCAAAUUGAUGCAACAUGGGUUACUUAACAUCGGUUAAGUCCAUAAAGUUUGUUAGGUGGGCCAAAAUAUAUGAAGUGGCCAAAUUACCUCUGUUAACCUAUAACUUGAAUUAGUGAAAUCGAAUCGAAAGGCAGACGUUGAUUGGCACAUUGUCGCAAAGCUGCUUAACCGGUAACGACAAGAAAAGGAGGAUUCUGUCGGAAAUUUUCAUAUCGGCAGUAGUGAUUUGCACCAUUUUUAUCGUUUAUUCAAGAGUACAAAUAGAUAUCAGCAAUAAAAGUACACUCGGAGUAGAAGGAAAUCGAUUUCAAAGUGAUUACUACUACUUUUUUUUAGUGUAAACUACGAUUAAACAUGGAAAAUCUUCAGAAAUGUGUGAAAUUGGUAAACUAAUCUGUCUAGCUAGUACAUGAGCUAAAGUCAACUAUGCGAGUCUGUCCGCUCAGUUUUGUGAAACAAUUAUCCAAAAUGUUAGAAUCCGCUGUCAAUGAGUUCUGUUUCUCUGCAAACUAUCGUCCAAAACUGUUAGUAACCUGUUCUGAUGUUCCUGUAAGCUACAUCGAUAUACUUCGGCGCAAGUGCGAUGUUAUUGUCUCUGAUGGAGUCAGCAGGGAAGAGAUCUUGAGAGCUACCCCAGGAGCUGAAGGAAUUUUGUGGCUGACCGCCGAUAGAUUGGACACCGAAGUUUUAGAUCUGGCGGGUCCUCAAUUGAAGGUAGUUUCUACGAUGACUUCAGGAAUGGACUAUGUGGACACUGAAUGUUUCAAACAACGUAACGUUGCACUGGGUCAUACACCGAAAGUGGUCAAUGAUCCAGUUGCGGACAUUGCUAUAGGAUUAAUGAUUGCAGCCGCCAGACGGUUUCACGAAGGCCGUUCUAAGAUUUUGGAUUCCGCCUGGGAACAGCGACCUCAAUGGAUGUUAGGACAAGAUGUGGUUGGAUCAACUGUAGGAAUUGUAGGAUUCGGAGGCAUAGGACAGACUAUUGCAAAAAGGUUGAGCGGGUUCGACAUUGGACGAUUGCUUUACACCGGACGUACCCGAAAACCUGAAGCCAAUCGCUUUGCAGCGCAGUUCGUAAGCUUUAAGGAACUACUAACUGAAAGUGAUUUCAUUUUUAUUGCUUGUCCUAUGACAAGCGAAACUAAUAAAUUGUUCAACGCAGAAGCAUUCCUACAAAUGAAACCAACAAGUGUUUUAAUCAAUGUGGCACGAGGUGGAAUUGUAGAUCAAUCUGCAUUGGUAGAUGCACUGCGAAAAGGGCAAAUUUUUGCUGCUGGACUUGAUGUUAUGACUCCGGAACCUUUAGACGCUUCAGAUCCUAUUAUGAGUUUGCCAAACAUUGUCGUCGUGCCACAUCUUGGAACUGCUACAAGAAAAAGCCUAGAGGAUAUGUUUUGUAUUACAGCUAAAAACGUUCUUUCAGUUUUGAACAAUCAAAGCCCGGUAGCAUCCUUUAUUUAAUUUAUUUUAAGCAAUAAACA